AUGUCACGCACCCUCGACCUCGAGAGUAUGGCCGAAGAAUGGUUGAACACGCUCACCUCCCCGCUCUCCACCCCGGCCGAGCGUAUCAACAUCCUCAACGACAUUGAAAAAACGCUCGUUACCGUCACAGACCCAGCACGAUCAGCAACAGCCGACUUUCUGCCACCCGUCAAUCAGACAGCCUCAGUGUUCUGGGCAUUGCAAGCCACUGCCGGGUACAGCCUGGCCGAGGUGCUUCUCGCCCACGUCUACCGUCUACACCUUGAUCUUGAGCGCGAGAACGAACUGCAUCAGGCCUCGCAAGAGCCCACAGCAGCUGCUUCGAGUUCAUUGUCGUUCGGAUUCGGCUCACGAGACCUCUCAACAUCGAGCUCAAAGCUUCAAGGUCUGGGGUUGGAAGUAGCUUCCCCGUCACAAAACCUCGGUCGAGCUAGUCCGCAUGCAAUGCCGGAAGUACAGCGCCAAAGAGUCCAUUCGAGCGUCUCCGAGAUCUGCAUCGCUAUCACCAUCCUCCAAGGUCUUACACUGUGCAGCAAAGCAACCAGGCGCAUCACUCAACGAAAGUCAGCCCUCGAAUUGCUCUUACAGAUCGUUCUGGCAGACUAUUGCACACAGCUUCUCCCACCCAUCCUCAGUCCUUCCAAUCUAUCACCUACAAAUGCAUCGUUCGCUUUGCCGCAUUCGCCAGCCACUCCUACCAGCAUCUCUUCUUCGUCGGCAUCUUCCACUUCCUCCUCACCGUCUAAAACAUCCUCAUCGGAGGCGACCGCCGACGCGCCGCUCUCUUUACCCUCCGGCUUUGCACUUGAUCUACUCAUGUGCAUUCUCGUCGACAGCGAUGUCGCACAAGAACGCUUCUCCGACAUGGGCGGCAUCCAUCAGAUCGUUCAGCUCAGCCACAAAUGCGCUGACACCGUCACAACACCUGCCAGUACACCUGUGACUGCUACCAGCCCCAGCUUUGCGCAAGCUGUUGCAAGGUCGAGUCACAUCACCGCUCUCAAGCAGACAGACUUGCUAUGCUUGGAAUUCCGAUACUUCUGGUCGCAAUUGCUACAGCAAGCCGAUCCGGCCUCGAGGAGGUCAAGCUUGCAGGGUGUCAGCUCUGCAGCUACAAGCUUCUACAGUGUUGCCGAGGAGCCGGCCGAGUCGGCCACACCUAAAGCGAGCCCGAAGAAGCGUGCAUCCAGAGCAGACCUUCGUGCUCAGCGCAAGGCGCAGGAGGAGAAAGAAGCGACGGUUGUGACGCCCAAAGCUACGACGCGCAGAAGGGUAGUCGCACCUACGACGGUGAGAGCGACCAGUGAGGAGGCGCCGACCAGGCCAAGCUCGGCCAGGAGCGAGUCUACGGUGGCAUCAGGCUCGCCUAGGAAGCUCCGUCAAAGUACUUCCGUGGCCGAGCUGCGCAAGAAGCCAAGCACCUUGUCCAGGUCGAACGUUUCACCUCCGCCCGUACCGGCGCUUCCGACGACAACGAGGACGACGACCGAGUCACCAAUGUCGUACAACUCCGAUCCUCUAGGAGCGUCGCGACGACAGCGUCAGUCGACAGCUCGGCCAUCGACAUCGGAUUCUCGUCCACAGUCUCGCACUGAACGGAAGGAGGAACGCGUUCGACGAUCGACCGUAUCCGAAGCCGUUCCAGUUCCUCCUAACCCGAAGGAUCAAGCAGUGGACCAGGUACAAGAGCUGAGUAAAUUCAACGCCUCUCGUCCAGGCAUGUCUUCGCGCGAUCGACCGCGCAUUCCUUCACCAUUGAAAGCUCGCACUCCCGCGCAAGAGGUCGCCGAGCUCGAAGAACGAAUCCGACGAAAGCAGGCACUCGCAUCGCAGCAAGCCAUACCUUAUCGGAGACUUCGCUCGUCCACAACCAGCACGCCCUUCGACCCCUCCAGCGGUGGUGGAGCGCGGCACGGUCGAGGUCGAGAAGUAGAUUCAAUCGCGGAUGUCGAUGAAAAUCGUAACCCUUUCUCUACCGCCGCAAAUGUCGCAACCACGGAAGUGGUUGCGAUGAAAGCUAGGAUCUCGGGCGAAGAAAACGUCACUCCUUCCGUAUCGCAGAGAAGCAGCUUGUCGAGCGCAGGAUCGACCCGAACUAGCCUUGGCAGCUUGGGCUCAGCGGCCAGGAUCCCUCCAAGUCCAGCAGUGAGGAGGGCCCAGUUGGCAAGAGCACGUUCCUUGUCGCCGAAGAAGCUUUCCUUGCCGGCAACUCCGACCACUCCCACUGCUGCGUACGACUACUAG